AUGGAAAAAGAAGUGCAAAACCACAUUGGAGUAGAUGCUGACCAUUAUAUUGGGCAAGAGAUGAGAGUCUUAGGCUCCUACAUCAAUCCAAAUCCAGGAAACUGUGAUAAGGCAGCAAAGUGGCUAGAAGCAUUUUCUAAGGAGAGCCUAACAACUUGGGAUGAGGUUGUAAACAAAUUUCUAGCUAGAUUCUACCCUCCACAGAGAGUUAAUAGAUUGAGAGCUAAGGUGCAGACCUUUAAACAGCAAGAUGGUGAAACACUUUAUGAGGCCUGGGAGAGGUUCAAAGAUUUGACAAGAAAGUGCCCUCCGGACAUAUUCAACGAAUGGGUUCAACUUCACAUUUUCUAUGAAGGGUUAUCAUAUGAAGCAAAGAAAGAUGUGGACCAUUCUUCAGGGGAAAGGACCCAAAAGAGAGGAGUGCUGGAGCUAAAUUCCAUGGAUGCCUUGUUAGCACAAAACAAGAUGAUUGCAGCACAGUUAGUAGUCUUAACAAAGAGGAUGGAGACUAGCCAAGUCUCAACUGUCCAAGCUCAAGCACCACCACAGGAAGAAGAUGUCCCAGAAGUUGAAAGUGAAUGGGAGCAGGCGAAUUAUGUGAACAACUCUUCUAGACCACCAUAUGACCCAAAUACCAAGACAUAUAACUCAGGUUGGAAGAACCAUCCAAACUUUGGGUGGGAAAACCAACAAAGCCACCACCAAGACCAUAACAAACUAUACCAAUCCAACCAACAUAACAACCAUAACCCCAACCAUCAAUCAAACAACAACAGACCCUACCACAAUUCACAAAAUGCAUCAUAUCACUUCACCCAACAAACACACAACAACCCGCACCAAGAAACAUCAACCUCAACCAUGAAACCAUGUGAAAUCAAGAGCAAUUUUGAAAGAGUGGAGACUGCAAUAGCGCAGAUGUCAUCACAACUGAUAGGAGCUAUUUCUAAUGUUUUGGAAAGACAAAUACAAACUGAAAGGAAGAUGGAUGCCAACCAAGAAGAGUGUAGAUCAAACAUAAGGAAUCAAGGUGCAGCAAUUUCAAAAUUGGAGGCACAAUUGGCAAGCUUAUCUAAGCAAAUUCCAAUGCCCACACAUACAUUUUCCAGUGAUACCAUGGCUAACCCAAGAGGAAAAUGCAAAGCAAUCACACUUAGAAGUAGAAAGGUUAUAGAAGAAGCAUUCCCAAAUCAGAGCAAUUAA